UCCAGGAAGGGAUUGGUCAGUCACCUGUGCCAGGUCCCUGGGGGACCCUGAGUCCAGUGGUAUAAAAGGCGGCUGUGGGAGGAGUGACACAGCCUCUCUCAGCCUCAGCAAACGACCUGUAAGGCAGCCGCGGACUCAGACCCCAGAGAUGAAGGCCCUGCUCCUGGCCGUCAGCCUCAGCCUCAUUGCUGCCCUGCAGGCCCACCACCUCCUGGCCUCAGACGACGAGAUUCAGGAUGUGUCAGGGACAUGGUACCUGAAGGCUAUGACAGUGGACAGGGAGCUCCCUGAGGUGAAUCUGGAAUCGGUGACACCCAUGACUCUCACGAUCCUGGAAGGGGGCAACCUGGAAGCCAAGGCCACCAUGCUGAUAAGCGGCCAGUGCCAGGAGGUGAAGGUCGUCCUGGAGAAAACUGACGAGCCGGGAAAAUACACGGCCAACGGGGGCAAGCACGUGACAUACAUCAUCAGGUCACACGUGAAGGACCACUACAUCUUUUACUGUGAGGGCGAGCUGCACGGGAAGCCGAUCCGAGGGGUGAAGCUCGUGGGCAGAGACCCCGAGAACAACCUGGAAGCCUUGGAGGACUUUGAGAAGGCCGUGGGAGCCCGCGGACUUAGCACGGAGAGCAUCCUCAUACCCAGGCAGAGCGAAACCUGCUCUCCAGGGAGCGAUUAGGGGCAGGGGCACCUUGGCUCCUCAGCAGCCCAAGGGCAGCACCACCCAGCACCUCCGUCGUUCACAGGGACACAGAAAAGCUCCCCACCCCUGCAGAACCCGGCCGGCCACACCCCUUCCUACCACCCUCCACCUUCCCCUCGCCCUGCGCCCCCUCUCCUGGUUCUCCAUAAAGAGCUUCAGCAGUU